UGAGAAGAGGAAGGAAUUGGAAAAACAACAUACAGAUGCCUUGAAUGAACUUAAACAGCAACAAGAUAAUGUAAAGUUAUCAAGUACAGAAUCAGAGAAGCAACAAGCUCUUGAAACUGUAAAAUCUUUAGAGUCAAAAGUUAGAGAAUUACAUAAAAAGUGUGAACUUCAAAAUGUUCAGCAUGAAGAACUGGUGCUGGAAAUGGCAACCUUGCAGCGUGCACAAAUUAAACAUGCAUGGCAGACUCAACGAUGUCAUUCAGCAGAGACCCCAGGAGAAAAACGCAGCCAUGUUGAACAGAAUAUUGAUAUGAUAUUGCCUACAUCAGACACAUUAUUUACUUCAACUCAAUUGCCAUUGUUUUCAUCAAUAGGAGGUAGUCUAUGUUCAUCUCUUGGAUCUACAUCUGAAGUUUAUUCUAAAUUUAAUGAUAUAAAUUCUUUAGUUACACAGUCAAUAAGUAGUACAAUAGCAAGAAUAACUAAUACUUCACCCACAUCAGCUGCUCUCUUCAAAACAACAUCAAAUGAAAUUAAUAACAUUUUAGCACGUAUUGAACAAGAUAACCGUAUGUUGUUAGAAUUAGAGAAAUCUCGUACUACUGUUGGCUCUCCUGUUCCACCAGCUAACAUAACAAGAUUAAAAUCACAAGUUAGAGAAGACAGUAGUACUCAAACUGAAGAAGUUUCUCAGAGUAAAACUAUAAAACCAUCAGCUACAAUAAAAGAAUUAGAUAAGCUAAUGGAAAAAUUAGAACAAGAUAAUAAAAUACUUGCAGAACUAGAUAAGAAAAGAGCUAAUAUAGGAUCAUCUUCUGCCAUCUUAUCAUCUUUACCUGAAAUAGGCUCUUUCAAGAAAACUAAAGAAAGAGAAUCAUUAGAAGAAUUUUUAGAUGAUAAUUCAGUUGAUACUAUAUAUUUACCUGGUAAAGGCCAUUGCAAAAUAUAUAUUGCUCGUUAUACUUAUGAUCCUUUAAAACAAUCUCCAAAUGAAAAUCCUGAAGCUGAAUUACAUCUUAAUUCUGGUGAUUUUCUAGUUGUUUAUGGAAAAAUGGAUGAGGAUGGAUUUUUUAAUGGUGAACUCUUAGAUGGCAAAAAAGGUUUAGUUCCUUCAAACUUUGUUGAACGAUUAACAGGGGAGGAUCUUCUUGAUUUUCAAGCUGCUCUUCUCUAUGGUACAGUUGGAGAAGACAAUAGUCUUUCUUAUAUCUUUGAUAGAGAUGUUGAAAAUAAUAGUAGAUAUGUUUUAUUACCUGAGGAUUUUCAUAGAAUGAAUGAUUACAUUGACUUAGAAGAUAUUGAAGAAUUAGAUGAAGAUGAUCUUUCUGAUUUUGAAGGGGAAGGAUCAGUGCCACCACCUCAUCGACUUCUUCUUGAAAGACAAUUAAACAAAAGUAUUAUGAUUAGUUGGUUACCCCCAGAAUCGUCUACAGGAUCAAUAAGUGUUUAUCAUGUUUAUGUGGAUGGUGUGUUAAAAGCAUCAGUUAAAGCAACUGAAAAAACUAGAGCACUGAUUGAGGGCGUAGAUUCAUCUCAGCCACACAGGAUAAGUGUAAGAUCAGUAAAUUCAUUUGGGAAAUGUUCUCGAGAUGCAGCUUGCACAAUCGUUAUUGGCCGAGAUGUACCUCUCGCACCCAGCUGUGUUAAAGUUUCUGGUGUAACUUCAACUUCUGCAAUUAUUAGCUGGUUACCUAGUAACAGUAAUUUUCAACAUGUAAUUACUGUAAACAGUGUUGAAGUAAAAUCUGUGAAAUCAGGAAUAUUUAAACAUACAAUAACAGGUUUAGCUCCUAAUACACAAUAUCUUGUUUCUGUAAGAACAAAACCUAGUAGACUCGUUUAUAAUGAUGAAAAGAAUCCAAAAAAAUUAGAAAUGUUAACUUCUUAUGUAGAAUUUCGAACAUUACCAAAAGGUUUACCAGAUCCACCUGUAGAUAUACAAGUAGAAGCUGGGCCUCAGGAUUGCAUGUUAUUGGUAACAUGGCUACCUGUCACAAUCAAUCCAAAUGGAACUUCCAAUGGUGCUCCAGUUACAGGCUAUGCAGUUUUUGUAGGGGGAAAGAUGGUUACUGAAGUUGAUAGUCCAACAGGAGAUCAUGCAAUUCUUGAUAUAUCACAAAUAGCAUCACUUAAAAAGAAAGUAGUGACAGUAAGGACAAAGUCAGGAACUAAUUUAUCAACAGAUUCUAUGCCUUGUUUAAUACCUGAUAAUUUAUUAAAAAAUGUUUAUGGAGACCAAAAGCAGUUUACAUCCAAUAAAUGGACAAAUGUUUCAUCUAAUACAUAUCCAGUAAGAUCAGAUUGGAGAGAAAAUAGCCAUACUAUUUACAAUGGAAAAAAUAUAGAUAAUUAUGAACGUGAUGAACAUAUUAAUCGUAUUUCUGACACUCAACAUUAUUUAAGUUCAAAUAAAGAUCACUACUCAAAUAGAACAGUUCCUUCCAUUGAAAUUACUCAAGACAAAAAUUUGAUGAAACGUACUAUGCAAAGUGACUAUAAUAAAAAAUUAGAUACAGGACAUUAUUCAGAUUCUAGAGGAUCAAACUAUUAUUCUCUUCAAGGGAGAGCUGCUUCUCCUACACCACCACUUCGAAGAUUACCGCCACCAGGUCAGGAAGAAGAAUAUUAUAGACAAAAAGGUCUAAUGCCAUCUUCUUAUUAUAAUAAGUGGAAACAAGAUGGAGAUAUCCGGAAUUCUGAUAUACGAUUGUUUGUUGGCCUCUUUGAUUAUAACCCUUUAACUAUGUCACCAAAUCCUGAUGCUGCCUCUGAAGAAUUGCCAUUUCAAGAAGGACAACUUAUUAAAGUUUAUGGUGAAAGAGACAGUGAUGGAUUUUAUAAGGGUGAGAUUAAUGGAAGAAUCGGUUAUGUUCCUUGUAAUCUUGUAUCAGAAGUGCAAUUAGAAGACAAAGAUAUUGCUCAGCAUUUAUUAAAUCCUGAUUCGAUACAUUCAACAGAUAUUCAUGAAAAUAGAUCCGAUCCAUGGGCACAUCUAGCUGUUCGAAAAAUGGUAGCUUUGUAUGAUUAUGAUCCACAAGAAUUGUCCCCAAAUGUUGAUGCAGAGAUUGAACUGGCAUUUAAUACUGGUGAUAUAAUCUUCAUUUAUGGAGAAAUGGAUGAAGAUGGAUUUUAUAUGGGAGAACUGAAUGGUGUUCGAGGACUUGUGCCAUCAAACUUCCUAGCAGAAACACCAUCACAUUAUCUAGAUAAAACAAUGAUUGCUCCAGAUGAAGGGAAUGUGAGUCCAACAAAAGAAUCGUCACCAGUCAGUUCAGAGAACGAGAAAGAUAUCUACAAAACUACCGAUUCAGUCAAGAACUCCUUUACCACAGAGCCCGCUAGCCAAUCCGACCACUGGUCCGCCAACUACAACAUCAGUGACUAUGACAAUGCCGGUGACUACAAGUCAGUCACAACAAACCACCACCACCACCACCACCACCAACGUCACUGGUAAAUUUUCCUUAAACAUUCCAUAUCCAGAUAUCAAGGAUAUUAAAGACCAACAACCUAGUCUGGAUUCGAUAGUUAAGAAAGGACAAACAUUUGUGUCGUCGCUAUUAAAAAAAGUACCUAAGAUGUAAGGUUGAUAUUUAUGUAUUUUAUGUCUUCCAGGUUUUAGUAAUCUGAUGUAUGUAUUUGUCGAUGGCGUUAUGUGUUAUUUAUAAUACAAUACAAUGUGUUAUCACAGAUCACUAAGCACAGUUUUAAUGCUUGAAAGUUUUGACCUGGGAACAAAAUAAUGUUGGUAGUAUAGAUAAUUCCACAAACUACACUGCCAAAGUAAUGUAGUAAAUAGGAAUGUGGAGUAUGUGCACAGAUGUUGCCAAAAUGUGCCUGACUCAGUAUUCUAGUCCUUUUUUUUUCUGUUAGUUUAAAAAAUGUAUGUAUAAAUUGUAAAAAUUUCAGUAAAAGUUUUUGUGUCGACAGAUUUAGGCACUAGUAGCACAACUGCAUCACACAUGUCGAUAUCCUGUCGUCAUAAAAACUUAUCUGUUAUCAUUAUUAUUUUUAAAAUAUUAGAAUUGCAUCUAAGUCAAUUCUAUGCCUUAUAAGUUGUAUCCACCUUCAUCUUUACAUAAAGAAAAUAAAUUUCAUCUUAUACUAUUUAUAACAGUAAUAAAUUUAUUAGAAAAUAAAGAAAAUGCUCUUUAAAAUAUAGCAAUGAUUUAUUUUCCCCAUUCGUAUGUAUUUAAAAGAAAUAAUACAUAUCUUUGUGAUUAUCCAAAUGUGAUCUUUCCUUGUAUUAUUGCAUAAAUGAUUCUAUACUUGUUAAGGAUUUACAUUUCUGAUAUAUAUAAUAUACAGUAUAAGAAAUGUCACAUCAGUGUUUUUCAACUGAUGCUUGUUAUAGUACUGCUUUGCUUUUUUGAAAACAUUUUAUGAUUUUUCAAAUUAAAAACCCUAUUAUGUUUAUUUAUUUAAGAAAAUAUAUAUAAAAUAAGACAGAUAAAAUAAAUAUUAAACUGUAGAAAAAUUUUACAUAAUGACCUGGUAAUUAUCCAUUCUUUCGAUUCGACAUUUUAAGUUUCCGUAUUCUUUAUUUUAAUCAUUAAAAAAACUAAACAAGUAGCAUCAUAGAGAUUUAUAACAGGCAAUAUUGGAAAUUUUCCAAUGAUCUCGGGUAAUAGUAAAGCCAUAGAUUGUUCACAUCUCUAAGUGCUGCCAAAUUUAUCUUGAGAGAGGAUAAAAAUUUUGACUGUUGUAUAUGAGUAUAUAAAUAUAUAUAUAUAUAAAAUGUACACAUACAUACACACAAUAUAUAUAAUAUAUAUAUGUAUACAAACAUACAGAUACAUACACAUCACGAUACAUACAUUUACAAAUACAUACAUAAAAACAUGAAUACAUUCAUAUACACACACAAAUACAUAACACACAUAUAAAAAAUAAAUGAUUAAAUUUUGCUUGAUUAUAGAAUUAGAAUAGAAUCUUUAUAAAUGCAUAAUAUUUGGUCUAAUUUAUCUUCAUGCUCAAUGUCCAAAUAUAUUAUGCAAGUUAUUAAAAAAGUUUAUAUAGUUGCUUUAGAUUGAACAAAUUAUAAAAAAAAACUAAAAAUUUUAUGGUCGUGAUCUCUAAAUAAAAUUUGUUUACAUUUUUGAGAUGUUCUUGUUAAAAGUUUUAAAAAUCUUCAAAGUUUAAUAUUUUAUUUCCAUAGUUUUAAAAACCCGUAAGUGAUCUGUAGAGAUCUAGCGAGUAAUUCAGCUUAGAUAAGAAUAUAUUUGGACUAAUAAUUUGAUGUAAAUAGAAGAAUGCAUUGAAAAAUCAUAGUUGGCUUCAUUAUUAAUUAGUAGUAUGUAUAAAUUUCUGUUAUUAGAAUGAAUGUUGUUUGUAUUGUUAAAUUUUGUCUAGUAAAAUUAAUUAUUUUAAAUAUAAUAAUAAUAAUAAUAAUAAAGCAAACUGUAGGUGCCUUCAGUUGCACUGUUUCACAAUGUUGAUUGUUGCCAAAUGUUCUGCGGACCAAUCAAAAUUAGAACGAUGUUAUUUUCUUUGUUUUAUGAAGAUAUUGAUUUCGAUUUAUGGAUAAUAAAUAACAAUGCAUUUUCUCACAUAAAUGAAUUGUUAUAUUUUUUGAUAUUUAUAAAAAGAAAUGAUGCUUUGUAAAUGCUUUUAUGUUCUUGUUAUUGCAUCAUCAUUAUAACAGAAAGAAAAAUCUUCCUAUUUUUUUGUACUUAUAGCCACAGAAAAUGUUAUUGAUGCAACUAAAACUAUUUGUUUCAUGAAUUCCAAAUCAAACUUUUUCAUAUCUUGGUAUGAUUUUUGGAAUUACUUAUUUUUUACCUAUUCAGAAUGUUUGUAUUAUAUAUUGUAUAUAUGUUUUACAGGAGAGAUCUAAAUUCCAACCUAUUUCAGAUAAGAAUUAGCAAAAUUUAAAAUUAAAAAGCUUGUAUAAUCCAAUUUAUUUGAUAUUUUAAUUAAAUGGUGAUGAUGAUUCUU